AUGUCAAACGCAGAGGCCAGCAAGUUAUACGAAACUAUAAUAGAAGACGUGAUAUCCGACUCUCGUCAAGAUUUUGAAAAUAUGGGCAUUGAUGAAGCCACACUACAAGAGUUGCGCAAGAUUUGGUGCGAGAAGUUAUCGGAAUCCAAAGUUGGCAAAUUUUCGUGGGAUGAAAACGACGAUUAUGGAGAUGAUGAUCCAGCUUUGCUAAUAGGUAACGAUGCAAGUGCAAAUACAAGUGCAAAUACAAGUGCGGCGGUCAAGGGAGAGCCAACUUCAACAUCUCAGCUUGAAGAGUCUGCUAAUGGUGGAAACAUUGACUCUAGUGGCCAAAAUGGGGAUGUUUCUGGUGACGUUGGUGCCUCUGAUGUGUUGAGUUACAAUAAUGAUUUAGGAAUAGAGUUGCCUCCAAUUACAGUCAAAAAGGAAGGCAAUGAUGAUGGUUUAUCACUCCCGCCAUUACCUCAAACCGAUGGUACUUUUGAAAUGACACUACAUGUAAAUAACCCCAAGCAAGUACUAAAGCUGCUACAAAAGAAAUCAAAAACCAAAAGAACGAGACUGAAUUUUCGCCAAGUUGAUGGGACUUUGGACGAUGAUGAUGAUGAUGAUGAUGUCGACGACAAUGACGAUGACGAUGAAGAUGGCGAUAUUUUCAAUGAUUCGGACGACAUAAAUUCGGACUUAGAUGAUGAUUUAGAAAGUGAUAAAUCGGACGACGAAGAUGGAGAUCAAGAAGGACAGAUUAUGUUAUGCUUGUAUGAUAAAGUGCAAAGGAUCAAAAACAAAUGGAAAGCAAAUUUGAAAGAAGGUGUUGCAAAUAUCGAUGGUAAGGAUUAUGUUUUUCACAAAGCUACUGGAGAAUGUGAAUGGUAA